GAAACUCCUUGACAUAAUCACAACCACCGAAGUCAUAACGUAGCCAGACAACACGAAGUCACGAAUCAAGGCUGUCCAGUCCCCAAAAGGUGCUACUAUUACUUGAUUAUUCGCACUUUGCAUUAAUUCUCAAACACACUACCCAAAAAUAUCAAAAUGUUUUCAAAAUUCCAAAAGGCCACAGAUAAGGCCAUGGUAUUUCUACAAAACAGAGCGCUUUCCACUCUUUAUAUUCCCAAGCAGAAACUACAUAUGGCUAUGAACACAACUUCUCCUAAAGUGCAGCUUCUCUUUGAUCUCUGCAAAAACACUUUUACACCAUCAGGGUUGCCUUCUGCUUCUCCCCAACCCAUCCGCAAACUCUGCUCUCUUCUGGACACAUUUGGGCCUGCUGAUAUUGGUCUUAAAGAGGAAAGUCCAGAUGAUGAUCGAGGGCAUGGAUUUUUUGGACUGAAUAGAGUGGCUCGAUGGGCUCAACCAAUAACAUUUUUGGAUAUUUACGAAUGUGAUAGUUUUACGAUGUGUGUAUUCUGCUUUCCUACUUCAUCGGUUAUUCCACUACAUGACCAUCCUGGGAUGACUGUAUUCAGCAAAGUUCUUUAUGGCUCUAUGCAUGUGAAAGCUUAUGACUGGGUUGAGCCUGUAUGUAUUAAGGAAAGCAGGGAGCCAGGUUAUCCGCAAGUAAGGUUAGCCAGGUUGGCGGUUGAUAAAGUUUCUACUGCACCAUGUGGGACCUCUGUUUUGUACCCAAAAACUGGGGGGAAUUUGCAUUGUUUUACUGCAGUCACCCCUUGUGCUGUGCUUGAUGUACUUGCUCCUCCUUAUAGAGAAGAUAUAGGUCGCAAAUGCACUUACUACAUUGACUACCCAUAUUCCACCUUUGGAAGUGGAACUGAGAUAAGCAAUGGAAAGGAAGAGGACUAUGCAUGGCUUGCAGAGAUAGAAACACCAGAUGAUCUAUAUAUGCGCGAGGGAGUAUAUGUUGGCCCAGCUAUUCAGGUUUAGCUCUUGAUAUUGCUCUUUGGCAUGAUUUGUAGUGAAUACCAUGUUUGCUUAUUCCUUUGUCUUGAUCAAUGUAAGCUUGAGAACGUUUUCAUGACAAUUGAUCAUUAUGGCCUUACCAUAUACAAAUGAGAGUACUGAUUCUAUAAGCUCGAUACAUGGCUUUGCUCUUUGAUGAACAGAAUA